AUGUCGAAAUUCCGGGGAGUCACCUCGAUCGGCAUUGGAAACGCGUACCAGGGGGCUCGAGCAACCAUAGACCUGCGUCCGAAGCCGACAAAGUUAGCCAAUGGCGCGCGAUUCCGGUCCAGACAGUUUGUCGCGUUCCUGCUUCUCUGGCUCUUUGUCGUGCACUAUUUUGAGAGAUGGCAAGUAAGCAGCAUGAUUAAGUCCUGCCGCUGGAAAAAUUGGGAGAAUUGGCCUUCAGGUGCCGAUCCACAUCAUCUGGUCGUCGUCGGAGAUCCUCAAUUGGUGGACGACUUCUCGUAUCCUACAAGAAACAGGAUCUUGCUAUAUUUAACACAGCGGCUUAGCGACAACUAUUUACACCGAAAUCAUCGGCUUUACCACCAGAUCCUCAGUCCAGACACCACGCUAUUUGUUGGAGACCUCUUUGAUGGCGGCCGUGAGUGGGCCAACCCUGUUUGGUACGCAGAAUACUCGCGCUUCCACAAAGUUUUUGAUCCAGUGGAGUCAACAAGAACUCUGGCUCAAAUUCCCGGAAACCACGAUAUCGGUUUUGGAAAUGGAGUUGAUAUUGCCGUACUGAACCGCUUCAGAACAUUUUUCGGCAACCCUAACGACUAUCUCGUUCUGGGAAAUCAUACUCUCGUCCUUUUAGACACAAUUUCUUUAUCCUCAACAGAACACCCGGAGGUGAAUAAAGAUCCCACAGAAUUUCUUGCGGCCCUGAGCCAAGAUGACCACCCUGCAAAACAGUAUCCUCGAAUUCUGGUCAGCCACGUGCCGCUUUACAGGUUUACAGAAUCUCAGACGUGCGGUCCACUGCGCGAAUCGAAGAAACGGUUUCCAGUGAUGCGCGGCAAGCAGUACCAGACAGUGAUCGAGUACGAGCUGAGCCAGCGCAUUUUAAACUCGAUCAAACCAAAAGUCAUCUUUUCUGGAGAUGAUCACGAUUAUUGUCACAUUCGUCAUCCCUUGGCAAACACGGGAGCCGUUCGCUCGGUAGCCGGCGAAGCAUUUACUGACGAAAUUACCGUCAAGUCAUCUGCCAUGACGGGAGGAAUCAAGAGACCUGCUAUCCAACUGCUUUCGCUGUAUAAUCCGCUAGAUGGCGUUGCUGAUCCAGACUUUGUUGUCGACGAAACAGGAUCGUUGGUGGUGGCUCACGAUACCUUGCGAUCGAGGCUUUGCUAUCUCCCAGACCCUUACCAGGGCCUCAGGUGGUACGGUUUUGUGAUACUCCUAAUGAUUGCUUCCUUUGUGAUGGUCUAUAUGUACCCUGAGAGCACAAGAAGACUGAACAGCCGCCUUAGAGACCGUCUGGGGGUCAUCAAGCCGCUCUACGAGGACGAUCUGGUGAAGAGACAGUCGAUGAAAUUGUCUUUGAUGGACUUCCUGCUGGAUUGGAAUGUCCCCGAAAGACGCAACUGGAGGCUGUGUGUGAUGCAUGUGACAGCUAGUAUCGCCAUUUACGUAUGUAUCUUAAAUAGGUACCAUCACUCUAUAUAG